AUGGAUCCUCUUCCAGCUGUUAAUCGAGUCUAUUCACUUGUUGCUCAAGAAGAAAAACAAAAGAUGAUCUCAGAUGAUAGCUGUAAUGCGUAUUCUAUUGCUUUUUUGGCCAAAUCAAAUUCGAACAACAAGAGUUCUAGCAACAACAACAACAAUCAAUCUGAUUAUUCCUUCUUUCACAAAGGAAAUGGAGAUAAGUAUGUUGCCUUUUUGGUGUAUGUCGAUAACAUCAUCAUUACAUGGUCACACAAGGAAGGAAUCAAUUUUUACAAACAAAAAUUCAGUCAACAAUUCAAGUUAAAGGACUUGGGUUCAUUGGGUUACUUUUUGGGAUUUGAGAUUGCAAAAUCUGAUAAGGGUAUUUUCGUCCCACAAAGAAAUUAUGCAUUACAACUUAUUGAAGAUGCAUGCUUUAUAGCUGCAAAACCAACCAAUACUCCUAUGGAUCCUAGAACAAACUUAUUUGACUCUAUUGGUGAGGAAUUUCAAGAUCCAUCACAAUAUAGAAGAUUGAUUGGGAGGCUGAUCUAUUUGAAUAUCACUAGGUUUGAUAUUUCAUUUGUAGUACAAAAACUGUCCCAAUUUAUGUCUAGUCCAUGUGUUCUUCAUUUUACAGCUACAUGUCAUCUAUUGAAAUAUUUAAAGCAAUCACCAUGGCAAGGUGUAUUCUUUUCUAAAGAUUCUUCUUUUCAAAUUAAAGGAUUUUGUGAUUCUGAUUGGACAAAGUGCUUAGACACAAGAGGGUCGGUAAUGGGAUUUUGCAUAUUCGUAGUUAAUUCUCUUAUGUCAUCGAAGUCUAAAAAGUAG